AUGAUAACAAAUGAAACAAUAGAUGAAAUUAAAGAACAACUUGAAAAAGCACAAAAUCAAGAUGUCAAUAUCAAAAUUAAUAAUAAGAUUGAUAUAUCAGUUGAUUUUUUGGAUGUUUGUAUUAUCAAUGAAAAUAGUCAAUUAAAAACAAGAAUUUAUCAUAAACCAGCUGCUGAACCAUAUAUUUUACCGUAUAGAUCAAUUCAUCCACGUCAUAUACAUCGUAAUAUACCAUAUGGUGCUUUAUUACAUGCUGUUCGAAUUUGUUCUAAUAUAAAUGAUUUUAAUACUGAACGUUGUCAUAUUGAUGUAUCAUUAUUAUUAAAUGGUUAUCCACCAAAUUUUAUUACAAAACAAUUUUACUGUUUAUUUCAUUUAAAUAAUGAUAUGUCUGGAUUAAAACUAAUGAAUGAAAAUGCUUAUCAUCAUAUACAUCAAAGAUUACUACAUCACCCUACACGACAUGAGAAAGAACUAAAGAAAAUGACUGAAGAUCCAAUUGAAAAACCAUUCGUAUUAUAA